UUUUGAUUCAUAAUCUCAACAUCAUUCCAGUGAAAUCUAUCGGUGCUCUAAAAACGAUGUUUUCUCUUCUCAUUGAAGACAAAAGUAUGAUAUAAUGCUUCCAAUUAACCCUAUAGGACCUGCGAAUGGUUUUAUACCAAGCUUGUCACCACCAGACUUUAACCAAAACAACAAGGACUCUUUACGUACAAUGCUGCCAGGUCAACCUGGCCUAGGGGGACAGCAGGUUGGUCCCCCAAGAGGAAUGCCCCCAGUUGGGAUGCCACCGGGCCCACCUGGGGGACUCCCCCCAGUAGGUAUGCCACCGGGAGCUAUGCCUCCAGUAGGUAUGCCCCCUGUUGGAAUGCCCCCUGCCCAACCGCCUCAAGUGCCCCAACAACAAGGAAUAGAAGGAGGAAGAUCGGAGGGCAGUCCCAUCUCAGGCUUCCAAUGUCCAGCAAGACCUAACCAUGGUGUUGAUGGUAGACCCAUCAUGCUGCGUGCCAACCAUUUCCAAGUGCGUAUGCCACAGGGCUUCAUACAUCACUACGAUAUUCAAAUCACACCAGAUAAAUGUCCAAGAAGAGUUAACCGUGAAAUCAUAGAAACAAUGGUGCAAGCCUACAGAAACCAAAUAUUCAAUGGCCAGAAACCAGUAUUCGAUGGAAGGAAAAAUCUGUACAGUCGAGAUCCUCUACCAAUAGGGCGAGAUAAGAUUGAAGUUGAGGUAACUUUGCCUGGAGAGGGUAAAGAUCGUGUAUUUAAAGUUGCAAUCCGCUGGGUCGCCCAAGUCAACCUAUAUGCUUUGGAAGAGGCACUUGAAGGACGAAGCCAUGCAAUGCCAUUUGAAGCAAUCCAGGCACUGGAUGUCGUCAUGAGGCAUUUGCCCAGUAUGACAUAUACCCCAGUCGGCCGGUCUUUUUUCUCACAACCGGAAGGCUACAAUCACCCCUUAGGUGGAGGCAGGGAGGUUUGGUUUGGAUUCCACCAAAGUAUCAGACCAACUCUAUGGAAAAUGAUGCUUAACAUAGACGUUUCUGCCACUGCCUUCUAUCAGGCACAACCUGUGAUAGAGUUCAUGUGUAAAGUCCUUGAAAUGAGAGAUGCCAGUGAACAACGUCGCCCACUUACUGAUUCGCAACGAGUUAAAUUCACCAGGGAAAUCAGAGGUCUGAAAGUGGAGAUCACACAUUGCGGCACCAUGAAACGAAAAUACAGAGUUUGCAAUGUUACACGUCGUCCAGCGCAGACACAAUCCUUCCCACUCCAGCUUGAAUCUGGACAAACCGUGGAGUGCACAGUGGCCAAAUACUUCUUUGAACGAUACAAAAUGAAACUUCAAUUUCCUCACCUGCCAUGUUUACAAGUAGGUCAGGAACAGAAGCAUACCUACCUUCCCUUAGAGGUGUGCAGGGUCAUUGCUGGGCAGAGAUGUUUGAAGAAGUUGACUGACAACCAGACCUCCACUAUGAUCAAGGCAACUGCCAGAUCUGCACCAGAUAGAGAGAAAGAGAUCAAUAGCUUGGUUCGUAAAGCUGAUUUCAACUCGGAUCCCCAUCUACAACUGUUCGGAGUGAGUGUGUCCAACAGAAUGGUAGAAGUCCAAGGCAGAGUUAUCCCACCCCCCAAACUACUGUACGGAGGAAGGACGAAAGCCCAGGCUAUUCCCAACCAGGGAGUAUGGGACAUGAGAGGUAAACAGUUUUACAGUGGAAUAGAGAUCAGAGUCUGGGCAAUUGCAUGUUUUGCACCUCAGCGUACAGUCAGAGAAGAUGCUCUAAGAAACUUCACAUCCCAGUUACAACGUAUAUCUAACGAUGCAGGAAUGCCUGUAGGGGGUCAACCAUGUUUCUGUAAGUACGCCACAGGCCCUGACCAGGUAGAGCCCAUGUUUAGAUACCUGAAGAACACAUACCAGGGCCUACAGCUCAUCGUCGUUGUGCUUCCUGGAAAAACACCCGUAUAUGCUGAGGUUAAGCGAGUGGGUGAUAUUCUAUUUGGUUUGGCCACUCAGUGUGUUCAGGCAAAGAACGUCAUUAAAACAUCCCCACAGACCCUCUCUAACCUAUGCCUUAAGAUCAACGUCAAACUAGGUGGCAUCAACAGUAUACUCAUGCCUAGUGUUAGGCCAGCAAUAUUCCGAGAGCCUCUCAUCUUCAUUGGUGCCGACGUAACUCACCCGCCAGCAGGUGACGUGACAAAACCCUCAAUAGCAGCCGUUGUGGGCUCACAGGAUGCCCAUCCCAGUCGAUACGCCAGCACUGUCAGAGUCCAGUCUCACCGGCAAGAAAUUAUCACCGAUCUAGCCGCCAUGGUCAAAGAACUGCUCGUCCAUUUUUACAAGUCCACCAAGUUUAAGCCCACCAGAAUCAUCAUGUACAGGGAUGGUGUCAGUGAGGGCCAGUUCGCUGAGGUUUUGGUGCGUGAGCUACGUGCCUUACGUGAGGCCUGCAUGAAGCUGGAAGUUGGUUAUCAACCAGGAAUCACAUUCAUUGUGGUCCAGAAGAGACAUCACACAAGACUCUUCUGUGCAGACAGGAAGGACCAGAUUGGGCGCAGUGGUAACAUUCCAGCAGGUACAACAGUGGAUGUAGGUAUCACCCACCCCACAGAGUUUGAUUUCUACCUAUGCAGCCAUGCUGGGAUCCAAGGCACAAGUAGGCCUUCUCAUUAUCACGUCCUGUGGGAUGAUAACCGAUUCACAGCUGAUGAGCUGCAGAUGUUGACAUAUCAGCUGUGCCACACCUAUGUACGUUGUACCAGAAGUGUCUCGAUUCCUGCACCUGCUUACUAUGCACAUCUUGUGGCAUUCAGAGCCAGAUAUCACCUUGUAGAGAAAGAUCAUGAUAGUGCUGACAAUGGAAGUUCAGGGAAUGGUCACAGUUUCCAUGCUUACGGGUCAACAUCUGUAUACAGUGGGGAGGGCAGCCAGUUGUCUGGAGAUCCAUCGACUGACCACAACCCCCAGGCUCUGGCGAGGGCCGUCUCAGUGCAUCCUGAUACAUUCAAAGUCAUGUAUUUUGCCUAGACAUAUCUUAAAGAUGUGUGCUGGAGAAGGGUCACAAAAUGAAAGCGCAAAGUAGAUUGGUCUAAUCAAAGCUGUAUUUAUUAACUGAAAAUCUCACCAGGAGUGCCGGGUAUUUAGUACGCUCAUUGGCUGAUAGAUGGCUGUUGGAAAAGGAGUAAUUAAAACAUUUGAAGACAGGAGUUGUUUCUCCACUUGCACAUUGUAUGCAUGAGUUUAUAUCUAAGGUUUCAGAAUCGCCUAUUUAGUAGCGAACGAUAGUGCACAUAUCCAAUCCAUCAAAUGUAUAUUUUAGGUAUUUUAUUACUGGUUUUUAUUUUACUGUGGUUUUCAUGGUCAGAUAUGAGCUUCACCAGAACUUCUCACCAAAUGUAUUGUCACCAUGAGGGAAUACCACCAAGUAGGUAACAUUGUAUAUAUAGUUAAACAAAUCCAUGAGGUUUUUAGUUAACUUGGUUUUUAACUACAGACAUUGUCUGCUAAAAUACAAUGUGCAGCUAUUAAUUUGCUGUCAAAAGCAUUGCAAUAUCCAUGUAUCUCAAAAAGACAGACACAAGAGGGUGUUUGACAGUACUGAAUAUAGUCUGAAAGAUCUCGCAUUAACCUGCUUUAUUUAUAACAAUGCCAUAUCAGUCUUAAUAGCAUGUAGCGCAUUAAAGUACUAGUAAAAAAAUCUAUGUAGCAAAACUUGUUUCAUUCUGGACUACGAAAUAAUUAUUACGAUUUUCUGUUACAAGAACGUGUGUCGUGUGUUUAUUGAUUAAAUGAGUGAACUGCUAUCUCAAAAAUGACAAAUAGCUCAAUUUAACAGUGCAAAGUUAAAUAACAAUAUUCAAUAAGGACUCGUACCAUUUUGCAAUUGUUAGAGAUUAUCUAUUUUUCACUUGAGAUUAACUAGUUUAUAAGCCAGUGCCUUGUGAAAGCCAAAGAAAUCAUAAAAUAACUUUUGAAAAAGUCUUGAAAAGAGAAAUGCAAUUGUCAAAUGAUAUGAGUUCAAUAUCUUCCAGUCAAAAGUAUUAUGAGAGAUUGCAAUAUUGUGUAGCAUAUCACUGUGAUCGGGCAGUCGUGUUAUCUCCCUCAGGAGCAAGGGAGCUUAUGCAAUUUACUGACACAAUUUACUGUUGUCAGUUUUUCCAUUCAAAACAACACUGCGUUUUGCAUGCAAUUGCAAAUGGAACAAAACCACAUGUAUUAUUAUGUAACACCUUUGUAAUAUUGUCACCCACUAAGCCUAAGACAGCUAUGAUAAGCUACUUUUUCAGGUAACACAAAGGUUGUUCUCGAUGUCGGAUUUAGAUCAAUAUUACUAACUAACAUCUUAUUGUCCAAAAACUGAGAUAAUUCCCUGUGGCUUAAUGAAUAACUUUUACUUAAUUGUUUCAUCCACAGCCAAUCUAGCUGAAAGUUGAGUUCAGUUCAUCUUGCAAUACAUGGCCAUGGUAUUUAUACUUAAGCUUGGUUAUGCGGUCGGUUAUUCCAAUUAAAUUAUACUGUAUCUGGUAGAGUGCAGUCAUACACUUCCUUAUACCAAGUGCAUUAUGUGAGUGAUCUUGCAAUCUACCAAUCUCACUAGUUCUUCGGUACUGUAUCUAUUUUGCAAUAGGUGGUUUUUGUUAGGUAAGAAAACUGAUCUCUUAAAGCCAAGUGUAUGUGAACACAUGGUUGCAGUGGUGCCUCUUUCACUAUGUAUGCAGAAUGCAUUUACUCAAAAGACAUUUUCACUUAGGUGGAGCUAAUGACCAAAUACAUAAAACAAGUUUUAAUGUGGAGUAUUGCCCUUUGAGGGUGUUAAACCAUUGAAUACAACAUGGCCAUAGUUUGACAUGUGUACCAAUAGAUUUCAAUAUUUGACACUGUCUUUGGGCAAAAACUAUAUGCAAUAGCAAUAGUAAUAUUAGAGUUAAUUCUGACAUUUAAAACACUAUUUUGUAGUCAUAAAAUGAUCAAAGUUUAAUAUACAUAAAGUUGCGCUAAAGGAUGUUGUCAUGUAAUGGCUGUGAAAUAAUGUCAUCUCUACUGUAUCCAUGUAUACGGUAUCAAUUUAUAGCCAUAUAUGGUAUCCAUGUGUACAAUAUCAUAUGUACUAUAUCCAUGUAUAUGGUAUGGAUACUUUAAGUAUCAAUUAAUACAGUAUUGAUCAUUACAAUAUUUAUGGAUAUAGUAUCAAUAUAUACAGUGUCCAUCAUACAGUAUCAACAUUUACAGUAUCCAUGGAUACAGUUGAGAUAUGGAACCUCUUAAGGGAAUAUGUCAAGUGGAUAGAUCCAAUGCAAAAUCAUGUUAUUAUGAAUUUUGUGUUGCUUUAUUCCAUAUUUUAUAUUUUGUAACACAUUAAUUUCUGGAUACCUUAAAUAACCAUCCCUAUCCGUACCACAACUUGGUAUCCAGGAAUUAAUGCGAAACAUUGCCUCAAAUAUGCAGACUAGGUGAUAACUCAACGUUUAAUAAAUCUAAUAAGGUAUACAUGUUAGAUAUAUUAUUAUAUAUAUAUAUAAUGCAUGGUGACUGUUUAAAGAAGUCAUUAUAUGUAAAAGGGCUGCCGGUCUUAGUAUGGACCUUUUGACAAGUGUCAGUUAGGUUGUGUGAUCACUAGACUGAUGUGAUGCUAAAAUUGCCUAUGCCUUUUAAUGUAAAUGGUCAAUUUUACUAUCCAACAAUUCAAUUCAAGGGAUUCAAUUACAAUAAAGUUCAGUGUUUUUGUUAUAAGCAUGUAGCCAUAAAGCUUCCAAAGACAAAAGACAAUGUAUUGAAAAGAAUGUUCAGUUUGCGAUUUUGUAAAUAUAGAAAUAAUUCCAUUUAUUCAAACCAAAUGAAGCUAAUGGCUAUUCGAAUGAUAUUUUGUAGUUAUUCGUGUAUUUUAGUCCUCUGUAAUAUACUGGGUGGCCUAAAAGUAGUUUUCCAGUUAUUCAACAAUCUCUAUGUGAACUGUAAACCUACUUUUAGACCACCCUGUUUUGUUUGAAUGGCCCAUUUAUUAAAAUGGUCAUCAAGGUGAAGGGAUAGGUAAAGGCUGUGACUAAGACAUUAUGAUGAUGAUAAGCCUAUUGUGUGCCGAAUAGAAGUAAUAUUUAAAAUGCUUGAGGAUCUCAUUAUAAAAAUUGGCUGCUCAAUACAUACAUUGGUAUGAUUAGUUAAUAUUUCUAAAAUUCUUCAAUUUAUAUUAAGAAAAGUUGUGAUAAAUUAAAAUAUAUUUUUAGAUUUUUAUCUAAUCAUACCUUGUCUCAGUCAGGUUAAUUUCUCGUUUUGGCUUUUUCAACAUUUUCUGCUAAGAAUUAUGAAGCUGGGAGUGAUUGUUUUACAUUGUGGACACAUAACCCAUUUAUUUAUGUUGUGAUUACUUCACACAUUACAAUGUUAUUACAUAUUUAUUAUGUUCACACCAAUAUUUUUGACAAUUGAAAACUAUGUAUUAUUCAAUUAAUACAACAUUUUCCAGGAAAAUACCAUUUACAUUGCUAUUUAAUUCAGUUAUAAAUAGAUUAGCCUUUAGCUAUUCUGGAGAGAAUUUGGAUUUUAUACGAGGGUCAAUAUGAUAUUGACCCCAGAAAAUAUUAGAUUGACACACUAAAUCGUAUUGUCCCUCGAAUAAAAUCCAUACCCUUCCCUCUUAUAUUAAGUAGCCUCUAUCUCAUUGUACCUUUUCAUUGAAUUAAUAGCAGAAAUUUGUUAUUAAUCUCAUUGUAAUUCCAAAAUCUU